UGCACAACCCGGAUAUAACAAGGGGUGGCCGGGCCGAGGGUGUUGUAGGUGUGCUGUCACGGCCAACUUUUUCGUCCUGGUUCCAUCAAGCGGGCCGCAGCACCUCUCAGCCAUCAUUUUUUGAGGAAAGUUCAGUAAUUGAGUACCAUUGAAAAGCAAAGUGUGUGAAUAAACAGCAGAGAGGACCGAGAGAAGAAUGACCUAGGAAGCGAUACAAAGCGUUGCAGGUCAAAAGAAGAAGCUGGCCUUGUUCUGAGAGCUCCGUGCCGAUGAUCACGGUAGCCACCAACAGCAGUCAUGUCUGAGGAGCAGAGCCAAAAUGAGCAACCGCAGCAGCAGCAGAGUAGCGGCAGUAGCAGUGCUGGGGACCAGCCACCGCGGGCCCGGGGGUUGGAGGCACUCAAGACUCACAUCCUGGAGCACAAAGUGGAGACAGCACUGUGGGCCACUCGUGCUCUUACCCUUCUCUUCUGCAUAUCCUACCUCAUCCCUGUGUUUGGGAACCCAUACAACAGCUACCAGAAGGUCUUGAUGAGCAAUGCUGCCACAUCUGCCUUGCGUCUCAACCAGCGCAUCCCUUCAGUUCAGUUCUCGAGAGAGUUUUUUGUCCAGUUGCUGAUGGAAGACUCUGCCCACUACCUCUUGUACUCCCUCAUCUUCAUGUACACUUCCCCCAUGACGAUGGUCCUCGCUCCCAUCUUCCUUUUUGCCCUCCUCCAUUUUGCCAGUUACUCUCUUGGUCUCUUGGAUAUCAUCGGGCAAAACAGUGCUCUUGGUUCGAGGUUCCUGAUCUCCCUUGUUGAGUACCACCACAGAAACAUUUUACGAGGGGCUGCCUUUGUUGAAAUCUUCCUCAUGCCUCACUGUAUCCUCUCUCUCUUGAUAGGUCGGGGCAGCCUUAUAACACCAUUUGCCUACUACCGUUUCCUUACCCUACGGUACUCCUCCCGGCGCAACCCUUACACUCGCAACAUGUUCCUUGAGCUGCGUGUGACCUCUGAGCAUUUGGCCAACUCACCCUCCACCCCAACCUUCCUCCGCAAUGCCAUCUUCAGAGCCAUCACCUUCAUAUCUGGCUUGGCCCCUGCAGUUUCCCAGUAGCCUUACACAACCACCACCACCACCACCACCACCAUCACAGACUUAACUAACUACUUUAGGGAACACAAAAGGAAUGCAUUAGUAUAUGAAAGAGAGGAAUUUGUUGCAAUGUUCUUUUUACUUCAUACAUGGGAAUAGACUUCUCCAAGUGAAUACUGUUGCUUUCUGUAGCACUUAUGCUGCUUUGAGGGCCAGUGGUUCAGCCAGGAUGUAAGAGGAGUGUCAUAUAAAAAGGAAACAGAAUAAGGUAUACCAGUAUUUUAUACCUUCAAUAUUUGCAUGCUAAAUCAUGGUGAUAAUAGAGCAUGAUUAGAAAUAUCAUUAGAUUGCUGAAAUUAAUAAAUAUAUUUUUUAGUAAAUAACUUCCUUCAUUAUAUUGACAUACUGCUCUCAAUAAACCAUCUCAUGCCACAAACAGAAGAAACUAUUUGUAAUUAUUUUGAAGCGGGUUACACAAUUAUAUUACCCUUAACUUUUCUAUGUAUUUUUAUUCCUUUUACAAAUUUUACGUUCCUUUCUUUAAGAUUUAUCAUUUGUUUUGUCCUUGGUACUUUUCUGUCAACCAUCUGCAUCAUGUAAGUCAGUCAGUCAGCUGUGUUACACUUUAGGGAAGUUUAUAUGGAAUGUCAACAGUUUCCUAUAUAUAGGCCCACACAUGUAUGAACUUAAUUGGAUCAGAAGGCAGACUUGAAUCAAAGUUCAUUCCAAUUUGCUAGUCGGCUUGAUUUUCCUUUUUUUAUUUCAGGUGUUAACUUAUUCAGGUGUUCUCAGUUAGUUUUCAUUUUUCCCCAGAGAGGUACAGUUAGAGGAAGAGGCACAUCUUAGUAUUUAAGUAAGGCAGGAAGUUGAAAGACCAGUCUUGAUAUUCAAGAUAUUUGAAAAAUAGCAGCAUUUGACCUGCAGAAGUAACAUUUACUUAUUAUUGCAGCAUUGGGUAUGGUAACAGAGUCAAGAGAGAUUAUAAAAAAGCUUUUAAAUAUUAUUGAUGGCUGAUAAGGUUAUAAAUAUUUGGUCAUUCCUCGGGCAUAGGUAUAAGGAUUUUGUUUCAUCAGAAAUGAUAAACGACAAUGUCAUUCCCAUUACUAGUCUUUGGUGCAUUUUUUUAUAUUAGCGUGGGAAAUAUGUAUACAGUAGUUAUGUUUACACAGAUUUGAACAAAUGUUAAUGAGCAUUUUUAUAUUCAAAUAUUAAAGUUGCAUGUUAUAUUCUGGGUUACGCUGCUGGCUCUUGAGAAAUUUCAUGAGUGGAGACAUAGAGCAUUCAAAAGCCUUGUACUUGCAUUGUGUUACUUAUAGGUGUGGUUUGUCUUUUAGUAUGGUUUAUAGGUGCGGUUUGUCUUGACUAUUGUUUGUAGAUGUGGUUCGUCUUCGGCAGUAUUGGUUAAACUUGUGAUGUCUUUUAAUAGAUAAAAUUACACAUACACAGGUGUCUUUCUAAACUUGCCAAAAAAUAUCACUUGUAGCCCAGUUGUUUUUUCAUACUUGUAUCAUAUACUCAUAAUAUGAAUCACGCACUCUAGCAGAAUCGAUGAAAGAAACUGUUUAGCAGUUCCAUUUGAAUCACUAUAGAAAUUAAACAAGCUAUAAUCUUUGAACAUCAAAAUGCAGUACAACAGUCUGUUGGUGACAGUCAGUCAUUCUCCAUAGGGAUAGAAAUUACUUUUUUCUCCUUUUGUUUUUUCUACUAAAUUGAGUGGGUGGCAAUUAAAAAGAAAAGAUAGUUACAGAAACUUUAAAUAAUGUAAUGAAAUAUUUAUUUGAUUAAUACAUGAUAGGUUAUAUCUUUCCAAAUCACUGAUGCAUUUACACUUUCCGCUGAGUUUCCUUCUUGUAUGUAUGUUCCUUUAGGCAUAUUUGGUGUGGUGUGUGACUGUGCAUCACUGUAUGUUAUGGGUUGUUUGGAUUACUAUUCUGUGCAUGGAUGGAUGCUGUAUGGGAAUGAGCACUAAUGAGGGAAGCUACUGUAAGUAUUGUAGGGGUCACUUUAAUACAGAUUGUGUGUAUAGGUAUGUUAGUAACAUGUCUACAAGUUAUUUACGUGCUUUCUUUUGUAGUAUUAGUGCUAGAAACUCGAUUGGGUCAACACGUAAUUUAUAUAAUUUAUAAAUGAUUGCGACCUAUAUGAUUGGUCAUUCACUGAAUCAAAGCCUUUCAUUUAUUUCUAUAGGAAAAAAAUCUCAAAUCUGUAUUAAUUUGACUAGUUGAUUUGUAACAUUGUUUUAGCAUUACAUGACCAACAUGCCAAGCUGCAAACUGUUAGGUACAUCACCCUCAGAUAAAUGUUCUUCAGCUUGUCCCUUGACUGUAGCCCCGAACAUGAUGCUGAGGGCUGUAUCAACAGAUAUGCAACCAGCAUUUGCCUUCUGUCAUUGAAUAAAGUAUAUUUACUACUAAAAUCAUUUUGUACAGAUAUGUGUUAUGUAAUAAAAGUUUAAUGUAA